AUGGCACCGCCACAGGUAACCAAGAAAUCCAGCCUCACUACCAUGACACAAGCCACUUCCCGCCAAGGAAAGAAGCAGACUCGGAAACAGGUCGUCGAAGAAGAGACUGAAGAGCUUGAAGACUUGGCCGAGACUAGCAGUGUGGACAGUGACCGCGACGCUGAAGAUCCCGAGGGAUCACAAGAUGCCGGCAGCCAGCCCUUGCAACACUUGAUUGGUACUAUCGUCGGCGAUCAACGCAGACGCUUUGACGCCCGCAAAAGUGCCAUAGGCAGUAGCUAUAACGCCAGUCGCAAAGAAGUGGAAGGUUCAAUCAAUGCCCUUUUCGACAAACACGAAGAGCAGGCAUCAUCCGCCCACGAAGCCCAACUAAAUCGCCUACAAGAUCUUCUAGCCCAAAAAGCCAACAUCGAAGCAGCCAUGUCCAAGAAACUCUCCAGCCUACGUGCAGACUACGACGCCCACUCCCAAGACCUCGAGGCCGUUCUCCACCGUAGAAUCAAAGAUCUGGCAUCAUGA